AUGAUGUCCAAGAAAACUAAUGUGAAUUCGUCAUCAUUACCAACUCGGCAGUACCUUGAUCAAACUGUUGUGCCGAUUCUUAUGUCAGGGCUUACCUACAUAUCCAAAGAAAGACCUCCUGAACCUAUUGUUGCUCUAGCUGUAUAUUUGUUAAAGAACAGGUCUACAUUCGAAACUGGAACGGAGAAUGCUUCACCAAACAUUGAUUCAGAGUUCGAGUCAAAUUUCGACUCAAAUAUAGAAAAAGAAUGA